AAUAGAAACAAGCAAACAAGUAAACAACAACAACAAGAGUCAUUUCCCUCUGGCUUCCCUCAUUUCCUCUCUCUCUCUCUCUCUCUCUCUCUCUCUCUCUCUCUCUCUCUCUCUCCAGUGCCUCGGUCGGUGCCUUCGUCAGUUCAUCAGUGUAUUUGUCAGUAUUUUCGUCAGUACCUUCGUCAGUGCCUCCGUCAGUAUCUUUGUCAGUGCCUCCGUCAGUGCCUUCGUCAGUGCCUCCGUCAGUGCCUCCGUCAGUAUCUUCGUCAGUGCCUCCGUCAGUAUCUUCGUCAGUUGCCUCAGUCGGAGCCCCCAGCAAGCAUGGAGGGCGUGGACGUGCAGGACCAGGUGCCGCCAAGAUUGCAGGGGCUGGUGAACGGACAGGCACCGCUGGCGGAGGAGGACGAGGAUCAGGAGCCCACGCCCUUGACUGCUGUGCCCCCGCCAGCCUGCGUCAGAUCCCGCGUCCUGAACCCCGGGUCUCGCCAUUACAUCAUCCGGCGUAACGGAGACAUCAACCUCACCUAUGCAAACCUCCGCCAAAGACGCUCUCGGUACCUACAGGACCUCUACACCACGCUGGUCGACGUGCAGUGGCGCUGGACCCUCCUCGUGUUCUUCCUGGGCUUCAUCAUAAGCUGGCUCUGUUUUGCAUUCAUCUGGUACAUGAUCAUCAAGGUGCACGGCGACGACCAGGAGGACUCGGACCACCCGCCCUGCAUCAAUAAUGUGCAGACCUUCACUGGCAGCUUCCUCUUCUCCAUCGAAACGCAGCACACCAUUGGCUACGGCUACAGAUACAUCACAGAGGAAUGCCCAGAAGCAGUGCUAAUAAUGUGCAUCCAGAGUAUUACUGGCGUCAUUCUACAAGCGUUCAUGGUGGGCGUGGUGUUUGCCAAGCUGACAAGAGCAAAGCAGCGUUCCAACACCAUCAUAUUCUCCCGCCAAGCCUGCAUCUGUCUGCGUGACGGGAAUCUCUGCCUUCUCUUCCGCAUUGGUGACAUGAGGAAGUCGUUUAUUAUUGGAGCGAGUGUCAUGGCGCAGGUGGUGCGUCGGCGGAGCACAGACGAGGGCGAGGUGAUUCCCUUCCACCAGUACGACGUGACGGUGGGCAGCGACGAUGGCUCAGAGAAGCUGUUCUUCAUCUGGCCCAUGACCAUUGUGCACGUCAUCAACCAAAACUCUCCCUUCUACAACAUGUCUGCCGUCGAUCUCAUGAAUGAAAAUUUCGAGUUGGUGGUGUAUCUGGAGGGCACCACAGAGUCAACAGGCAACACCAUGCAGGCACGCUUCUCCUACCAGCCCUCGGACAUCCUGUGGGGCCAUCGCUUUGAAAACAUGAUAUCCUUCGACAAGUCUUCCGAUAAUUACGCUGUUGACUUCCGGGAAUUCAACAAGACUAGAGAGAUCCCAACGCCACUGUGCAGUGCCCGGGAGCUGGAGGAGUUCAAGCUACAGAGCACCGAACCACUCAUGCACUACACUCCCUCCGGCAACGACCCUGUGGUGUGUCUCGAGCCCAACGUUUUCCUCACCCACGAACAGCAGCAGCGGGCACAGACACACUCACCUAUGUAGUGGUGGUGGUGGUGAGGUUGUGAUCAGAUGAUGGUGGUGGUGGUGGUGAGGAGGAGGAGUAGUAGUAGUAGUAGUAGUAGUAGUAGUAGUAGUAGUAGUAGUAGUAGUAGUAGUAGUAGUAGUAGUAGUAGUAGUAGUAGUAGUAGUAGUAGUAGUAGUAGUAG